UUCGUCCCAACUGGACUCUUCAAGCUGCUUCGUUAACGUUCUGCUAAACGUCGUGCUCAUCGUCAGUAACGGCGACGGUAAUCACCAACAACUAAUUUCAGCCUAAACUUGGUUUUGAGCGUCUUUCUAGUAAUCGCUGGACAGGUUGUGCAUUUGAACAUCACCUGAACUGCCGAAGGAUCUCCGACCUUUUUAUAAAGCCCUAACUCAGCUGCGCGCAUGCCUCGCCGCACUUCUACUCGCCUUACAUCCUCUGUCACUCCACAAGCACCUUCAGUCUCUUUUCAACUUCCUGCCUCCGAUGCAGAUCCCAAUAUCCUUCAGCUCAGGCGACACUGGAAAUGGGCUGCCUUCAGCCAGUUCUUCUUCACAUUUAAUACUCUCUUUGCCAUGAGUGACGUGACGUUGAUCGACAUAGAAAAUGACCUUGCCUACUCUACCAACCGCGUUUUGUCUCGCAUCAUGACAAGAUUGCUCGUCACGUUAACGCAGGACAGAAAAAUAUCCGUUGAUAACUGGCAAACUGCCCUGCGAAAACAAUAUAUGAGACGUGACCCAGAUGCAAAUCCCAUAGGACCAAUUCAGCAGAUAUACAUCAAUGUCGCAGAGUCCUCGCGCGCAUCCACAGCUCCCCCACACCCAUCCGAAAUUGGAGAACAGUUGGUGCUAGAGGAAGAAAAGAAAAGCACGGUGCACGAAGACGGAGCGUCUGCUGACGGUGAUGCUGUCCCAGACGAUUCAGCAGAUGCAGUCGAGGUCAAGUCGGAGGAAACGAAGAUCGAUGAAUCGAAGGAUGGUGUCACCGGGUCUUCCUCAGAGGCUUUACAAGAUUCCGAGCAGCUACAGCAGCAGAUUGAUUGGCUCGACCUUCCUACAGUUAAGAAACUGGAUUCCCUUCACACUCUUAUGGAAUGGCAAUUUCAUAACCCUAAUCGUCUACGUACCCAGAUGAAAGACGACGACGAGAAUGCCGAAUGGCACAUAGAGCCGAUAGGGUAUGAUGCCAAGAGUAAUGCAUACUGGCUCAUAGGCGCCGACCGUUUGUGGAUUCAACGUGAACCUCCACGUCAGACACUCAAACGCAAGCGGUUCACAAACCCCAACGCGUCGAAAUCUAGUGGCAAGAAGUCUUUCAACAAACGCCAGCGAGUUGACCCAGAGCCAGAGCCCACACCUCCACCCACAACACCUGCCAGAGCAUCCCGUCGGCGCAAUCAAACGCAGGCCCAGAACUCCAGCCCGUCCGGUUCGCGCGGUACCCGCGCUGCCAAAUCACGUGCAAAUCAGAAGCUCGAUGCUCAAGCGAAGGACCUCGCUGAAUUCCAGCGCCAGAUGGCUCGGAGCAAAUCUACUAAUGCCAGGCCUCUGACUCCACGCCGACCUUCUGGGAUCCGUACGAUGAGUGGCAGGAGGGUACCAGACGAAUGGCUUUCUCCUAGUGCGCAUGAUGGAACGGAGGGAGAGGAGAAAACACCGCCCAAGGCUAAGACGAGGCUGAAAACGGGGCUUGAGAGCGAUGAAGACUCGGUCAGCGAUCUCACAGAGCUUAGCGAGGACGAUGACACAGAUGAGGGGGACACCCAAGAAGAAGCCGAUGCAGAAGAGGAUGAAGAACCAAACGUUAAAGAUGAAGAAUCCGAAGCGGACUCCGUGCCGGUUCCUGAUAAACCAAAUGGCAAGAUUGAUUAUGAGGAAGACGACGAGCUUCCAUCUCUUCCUGAAGGUUUUAUUGAAUGGGAGACGAUCUGUAUCACUCUUGAAGAGUGGGAGAACUUCCCCGAGCAAUUUGAGAAAGCCACUCACUAUGCUGAGAAGUCGCUGUAUAAGGUAUUGACGCAAAGUAUCGUCCCGGCAAUAACCGCUGAGCUGAGGGAGGUGGAGAAGAAGAAGCGCAAAGAAGAAGCGGUCGUACAUCGCAAGCGCUCAUCUCGUAUUGCUAUCAAGGAAAGUGAGAAGGAGCAAGAAUUACUUGCUGCUAAGAAGCGCGCAGAGGAAGAUGAUAAGAUGAGCCGAGCUCGAAGGGCUGAAGCGCGUCGACAGAAAGAGGAAGCGGACAGGAUUAAGAGGGAGAAUGCUAGAGAACAACGCAGGAAGGAGCGAGAAGCCAAGCAAGUUGGGGGGUCUGAGGCUGAUGCUAGCGCCAACACGCCUAUCGAUGUCGUGAGUCAAGAACCUUCCUCAUCUUCCAUACCGCCUGGUCAGAUGGGCAAAUUUCCAACAUUAUCUGUUCCUGUUCCCGUCAACGGAUCAGGCGCUGUUAGUAGUGGAUCACGGACACCAGCCGAAGACUGGGAACUGGAUUGCGAGGUCUGCGGUAGACAAGGGGUCAACCGGGAUGACGGCGUUCCCAUCAUGUGCUGUGGUCGAUGUUUGAAGUGGCAGCAUAUUGGGUGUCAUGACCAACGAGACGUCACUGCAGGCCGCCCAAAACGUAACUGGGAUGCCGAGGACUUCGUCUGCAGAAGGUGUCGCGUGUCGGGAUCCAGGGCUUCUUCAUUUAGCAGUAGCCAAUUGCCAACACCAACCGAUCUGAAAGCAGUGUAUGGUUCAGUUGGAACACAGCCCUACUAUAGCAGCCAGCAGAGUUACUCCCCUGACCGCUAUCCUAAUGGAGGCUACUACGCAGGCGGCGCGACGAGUGGGAGAUACAGCUACGAACACCAGUCUGACAUAAGGUCAUCUGGCAUGCCUUCUCAGUCUUAUGCUCAAGCUCCCCGUACUUCUGGCGUCACCUUUGCUCACUAUCAACCCCAGCAAGGAGGAUUUUCGACGUCACGUCCAUCUUACUCCAUUCAAGAGCCAGUUCCCAUAACCCAGCAGACUCGCUAUCCGCAGUCUACAUCUCCAGUCACUGGAGUAAGCCAAUACCCCGGGCCCUUCCAGGCCCAUCCAUCCACCCAUAUCCAGGUGCAGCCUCAGCACCGGUGGCAACCCUCCAGCUAUUCUCGGAGCGAUGCGUCUUACAGCAUGAACGCGGUUGUUCCGCCUUCUCCAUACACCUCCCAACAACAGCCCUACUAUCCUGGAACCUCCUCCUCAAGUCCCUCAGUUCCGUUCUCUCAAAUGCAUGGUACAAACCAUCAAUCCGUGCCCCAGUAUUCCGGAUACCAACAUGCCGCUCCUUACCAACAAAGUAGAUGAGUUCACAUUAGUUCACAUUCGUACGCUCUUUUUUUCGCUGGGAACACUUUUUGAUUUAUCAAGAUAUUCGUAAGUGAUGGACCGCAGGUACAUAGUUAGUGGAGGAGGAUGAGAAGCAGGAGGAUGUAGAGUACUGAAUGUGAUAUAAUGAAUGUGCUUCGUUGGGCUGGAA